AGUGAGCGGGGAGCGCUGGUGCGGCGUCGGGAUCUACAGUGAAACCACCAUGCGUCGGAGCCGUCAGCGGCAGCUGGAAUGAGCCAGCUGAACGUGUCGGAUCAGACGGACUCUCUCAUACUGCGCGGCUUCCUUUUCAGCUCCCUGCAGAAGAUGGUGGCCGGCGGGUAGCUGCAACUUUGGACUCCUUGGUUUUUCCUUGGCAAGCGCACUGAACCAGUUGAGGAGUCCUGAGAUGACGGAGGUGGAGCCAGUGUUGGACUUUGCCUCCUCGGGUCGCUCGGGGAGAAGAAACGCCCUGCCUGACAUCUUGGGCUCUCCAGCGGGUGUAAACCCCACAGACCUGCCUCUGAAACUGGCCGAGCUGUCCCUCAAAGAUGGUCCAGGAGGGGCCCAGUCACCUACGGCAGAGGAGCCCCAAGUGCCACCGGAGAGCUCAGAGGGGAACGAGGGAUCAUAGGGACUCCUAUGUUUACUUCCCGGGAGACCUGCAUAGAUAACCUGAGGGAAAGGAUGAAAAAUGAGAUGGAGGCUUGUUCUAUGAAAGCGUGAUGAUCUGUGGAGAGCCAGUCUGUUUGCACAACAGCUGAACCACAGAGGGAAAGAGAUGGACCGACUCCGAAAAGCCUGGAGCUUGGAGCCUAGGACUGUUUCACACUCAACACCAUCCGACCAGACUGAGAUGUAACUUAAUUGAGUGAAUGAGUGUACGUGUGUGUGUGUGUGUGUGUGUGUGUGUGUGUGUGUGCAUAGGUGGAUAAUUCGAGUGUACUGUACACUACUAUUUUUCUAUGAUUCAUUUGAAACCGAAGAGAUUCAGUUCUCAAACUGUAUGAUGUACUAAUUGCUUGCAUUUCCUGCUGAUUUCUGUUUUAUAGUGAUGUGUCAGAUUUUACAUUGGAAAUAGCAGGCGGGGAGUUUCGUACUGGCCUGUAGUUGGUUGAAGCUUUUGAUUGAGCUGGAUGCAAUAUGGCACAUGUGAUAUAGCAAGAGAGAGUUGUUUGAAGAAAAGCAGAAGACUCCUUUCAUCUUACUCUCUAAUGGUCUAACAUACUUUGCUCUUACAUGAGUUUUGAAGAGGAAUAUGACAUCAGAUUUGGGAGGAGGGGGUAUGGAGGGCCUAUUGUACAGUAUAUAUUAUAGGGUGUACAUAUACCGUUUUAUCCCCUUACAGUCAGACUGUUUUGAUCCAAAUAAUAAUGAACAGGGAACUGAUCCAUUUUUGAGGUGCCCAUACUGCGCAACAUUUGCAAGACUCCAAAAACGGGGAUAGAAACCAUCUGUAUCUCGAUACAUUCCUUUAAAGAAGUAGUGCCACACUGCCAGCAACUUGCACACUGCUUCGUUACAAAGCUGAGAGAAAUGAUUCCAGUUUAGGUUUUUAAUUGCUCAAGGCUGCUUUAUUUUACAGACGUCUCCUCUGAAAAUGUGCCUAGUGGCAGUUUACCACCGAAAACGCGUGCUGUGUUCUUUUUCUGUGAAGUACUGUUAAAACACAAUUUUGGGCUACUGAUAUUUCCUCAGUUUUAAUGGGAUAUAUCAUAACACAUCUUAAUUGCUAGAAGGAAAACCAUUUUUGUAACAUGCCACCACUUUGCAGAUAACAUAGCCUUUUGAGGAAAAGCACUCAGUUCACGCCAUAACUUUAAGCAGGGUUUUUUUUUUUUUUCCAGUGCAAGGUUUCCUCUCGUCCUAGUGUCAGCAGCAUAUGCCUGCUGACUGGGCGCGGGAACUCGCAUCAAGCAACACUACCAUGAUGUGUUUCAAGUGCUGAAAAUGGCAGCACGCUCGCCUUCUGCCUCUCUGCACGUCUGCAAGGAGGAAAGUCUGUUCACACUCAUCAACACAUAACCAGAGCUGUGAGAAGGAGGCGACUUGGAGAGCUAAAAUGUACAGGAAAUACAUUGUGUCCACUAUCCAAUCACUGCUGCUGUAUAUAUUGUACUAUUAUCCAUGUGUGUCAUACAUGCUGCCUGUAUGAUUACCUGAAUUUAUUCACUUAAUCUGCAAAGAGAUGAAUAUGUUCUGUAAUUGUCUCUAUUUGAAGAUGUGUUGGCGGUGGCUGUGUCUUUAUGUGGUUGUGUUUCACAAAUGCAACGAGGAGGGCCCGGGCCCGCUGCUGCCGAGCCUCUGUUCUCGCCAUGCUGUACUAACGCUGACAAGAAACUGUUAAUAGUCGAUCUGAAGGUAAACGGUCAACACUUUUGGAGUGAUAAGUCUGAGGUGUGUUUUGUAGUGUCUUGAUCUCUUAAGUGGUGCGUAUAUUUUACUUAGCUGGAUUGAAUCCCAUAUGAUGAUUCUCUCUGGUGGUGAAAAAUGCCAUAAUAAAUCCACAAGCU